AGCGACAUCACUUGGCGAGGCACUUUCAAUGGAAAUGCCAGAAUCCUACGAGGUGUCAAGUCGAGUACACAUCAAUAUGCGGCGCAAGGCCUGAGGCUGUUCUGUCAUCGAGUUGCAGCGUCGGCUCGGCAAUAAUUGGCCCUUGGCAACGUCAUUCGCGGCAAUACGCUAUCGGCCGUAAGAUCCGCGCUUCUACCAUGUUAAACAUCACACGUCCUGCGCCAUCAUGGCUGAUCGCUUCAAGAACCUCGCAAAGAAUGGCUGGCACCCGGAGAAGAGCAAAGCAGGCGGUUCAGGCGGUACGAGCGACUCAAAGCUCGGCCAAGUGAAAGGAUGGGUAGGCAAGGCGCAGGGUAAAGACUCCCACGCCGAAGCUGCUCGCGAACACCAGUCUGCACCGUUGUCGACCUUGAAAGACCCUUCAUCUUUUGCGCCCCCACCGAAACGAGUCCCCGGAGCAUCACCGGUCGCCGGUGGAGUUGGUGCUGCACCGCCAGGCUCGGCAAGGCAGCGUUUGCAGGAAAAGGAAGAAGCACAGAGAAGAGCAGCACAAGAGUCAAAACCGCAAGGUCCCUACAGACCAGACACGACAGGGCUCAGUACAACGCAUCUGCCGAAGCCGCCAGCAUUCAGACCGAAUGCUGCUACCCCUCCACCGGCACCGGCACCGAGGGCGAAGCCACCUGGUCUCCCACCAAGACUGCCUCCGCGCCAGACAGAGAACGUUGAUGAAUACACACCGCCUGCUCCUCCGUCGUAUGGGGAAGCUAUACAACCGGCAGCCCAGACUCUGAAUCAGGGAGCUCUGAAUCGUCUGGGUCAGGCUGGAGUAACGGUGCCAGGUUUUGGGAUUGACCGCAAUGCUUCUCCGCCCGUACCACCUCGUCAGCGCACAGUAGCACCCCCUCCGCCGGCACGUCAGGCCUCGAGCUCGUCUGCAGCAGCGCCAGUAUCUCCACCUGCCUCAGCUGGCAACGGUCCUCAGCUUAACGAGUUGCAGAGCAGGUUCGCGAAGAUGAGCGCGUCCCCAGCGUCAGAGACGGCACCAAGCACAGGAACGUCAUGGGCAGACAAGCAAGCUGCUCUUAGGACAGCAAGCAAUCUGCGAAACGAUCCAUCCCAGAUAUCUGGUUCAGACCUGAAGAGCGCAGCAUCGACAGCCAACAACUUCCAACAGCGGCACGGCGAGCAAGCGGCAUCUGGCUGGCGAGCAGCAAACGGACUUAAUCAGAAGUAUGGCAUUGCAGGCAGGGUCAAUAGCCUGGCGGGGGGCGCAAAUACAUCAGGAGCAUCACAACCACCCGCUCCAGGAGGCCUGGGCAAGAAGCCUCCACCGCCACCGCCAGCCAAGAAGGCAGGGUUGACUUCUAAUUCUUCUGGGGAGCCGCCGCCGAUUCCAUUGAGCAGCAAGCCUAAGUUCUAG